AUGUCAACAGAUGCGUGGUCCUCGAAGGGCCAAGCGGCACCGGCAUGAUCGAACAGCAGCCUUCAGUCGAUCACUGAAGCCUUCCACACCAUCUUGGAAGGAGGGAAAGUCCCUGCUGUCGUGAACAAGCAAUUGUGACUCGCUCUGGAACACUCCACUGCACAAGCUCACUGGUCGAGUCACUCCAUCCUUGGUCAGUGGCCGACCGCUUGUGCGAUAAGCUGGCUCCAGCGUCCGCCUGUUAAUCGAGUCAUCAAUUGAGCUUCUACGGCACCCGAGAUGGCGGAGAGCUUUGGGUCCACUCCACUGGCCCGCGUCGAGCGACGAAGCUCAAUGCGUACGGCUAUCAAGAAAUCAAUCCAGGAGUUGGAGCCGUCUCCACACCCUCCAAAUCUCCACAGUGUCGACAAGACCCAGCAAGCCCAGACCACGGCGACUGGUCAACGUAAGCGAAAGAAAGUCUUCGAGGACUUGGAAGCCGAAGGGAUGGACAGCAUCCGGCGCAAGCAACGCCGCGCGGCCAAACGACCGAAGACCACGAAGACACCGCCUCGUCAGAAGGCGGGAUCAGCUCCGAGUGCCACGGCUUCUGGAGCCAACACCACAUCUGCACAGCGCGAAGUACCGCCGUUGGAAGGCAGCGACUCCGUAGUCCAGGAGCCAAUGCCGCAGGUUACGGAUCAGCAACGAACAGAGACUGGAGUGACAUCGUUUGUGGGCGGCAACGUGGGCGGUGAUACGCUAUCUCGAGAAGAAGUGGAACAGACUCUAUCCGGCGACGAGAGUAGCGUAUUGUCUGAGCACGACGACGCAGAGUUUGCCGGUAUGGACAACAUGCAUAGGCAGCAGACCACCGAGUGUCCAAAACACACCGUCGAUCGGAUCAAUCAGCCGUCUGCUGUAGUCACUUCCAUGUCUAUCCAAACCGCCGACCGGCUGGCAAACCGUACUUUGGCACCAUCAUCACCAAUUCUCGACUCAGAAGCGCCGAAGAACGAUCCUAAGACUACGCGCACUGAGCAGCGUAUACCGAGUCUUCCCGAUCCGGCGCUUUCGGUAUCACCAGGGCAUACUAUUGUCCACCCUCGUAGCGAGAAUCAACCCCGGGACACAGCAAUCUUCUCCGCGCUCACCGAUGAGACAGCUUUGCUAAUCACUUUAACCCACCAAACAAACUCGCAGCAGAACUAUUCGACUGGGGCAUGGACUACAACAUCCCAAACGCAGCCAAAGGCGCAAAAGGGCGGGAGUAAACCUAUCGCUCUCCAUCCCUAUUCUCCAGCGUCUUCAACAACACUUGGUAGACGCAAGCCUUCAGACCAGGUAUACGUAGCCUUAACAGAGACGGAAGCGGAGACGUCAGUCUCAGUCAAUUCGGCACUGCCAACUAUGCUUCAUGCGGAAGAGUUAGGCCUUGUUAUCAAGCUGAGCGUGCCACCAGAGGCUUUUCCCAGCUUGGCAGCCAAAAGCGCGAUCAUUAAAGACGUACACCACACAAGAUCUGCUGAUGGAGGUCGCGAUCUGAGCACUCGUCGUUCCACGCGCAAGAGCAUAGCACGUCCUCGCUUCGCUGCUGUAGACGAUGAGACAGACUGGGACUCGAUAGUCAAUGAUGUAGCUGAGACUUCCGGACUUGAUACCUACGGUGACAGUAACAUUCUGGUCGCCAGCAACGGCAAGGCAUGGGGGAGGGCGAAGCCAGGCCUUGCUGCGGUGAAAGACACUGAGGGCAGGCCGCUAAAGAGAUUGAAAACUAAAUCGAAGGCUUGCAAUGCCUGUGCAAAGGCAAAGCGUAGGUGUGUUCACACACAACUGGAAAUGGAGACUCUGGCUGUCCAGCCGAAGAUGGUGAAAACAAGCUCGCCCGCAUCAAAGAAGCCUAACACUGGCGCAAGAGCCAUCGCGAGAGGCUACUCAAAACCCGCUGCGACGAAGCCACCUCCGGAUGACGCUGCGACAACGCCAGCCACGGAGAAAGAAGCAAGUGCCAAGACAGCUGCAAAACCAGCUCGCAGUGACGGAGAUACAACUUCUCCACGCAAGCGAAAGCGAAAUUACCUCUCGGACACAACAGGUCUAGCCACACCUGCUCCGAAAGCGAAGAAAGCAAGAACGAUUGUUACGGCUCUCUUGACGCCUCCUAACUCGCCACCAGAACAGAACGAUGACCUCUUAGCGCAUGUGGAUACCAACGUACUGGCCCUGUCGAAAGCAAUGACUCGUCGACAGCCCCUUAGCCAGAAACCUGCACCUAUUGGAGACCCUCUUGUGUGGGCAGAUAGUCGGCAGGCUCUGUGCGAGACGGUACCCUACUUCAAGAAACCGCAAGGUGGCUGCCACCAAAACGACAAGCAUGCAUAUGCCUUUCUGUUCGACGGUGUCGGUCACUGCCGCGAGUACAUGGACCAAGAUGUCAUUAUCGCACGUGCUGGUGGCUCGAUGGAGGCAGAUAGUACUACUGGCUCCAUGCUGCAGGGCAAAGACCAAACGAUGGAUGAUAGCCAAGUCGAGGCUGUCAUGAACGACUUGGUGAUGCAGAACCCGAUUGUUAUUAUCUGCGGCAACAAACACGAAGGUGCACCCUGCUCAAUGCCUCACAGAUAUUGCGUGCUUGGAUGGUAUAAGCCGGUUAUGGUCUGGGCCGAGAAGACGGCCGGCAAGAGGCACAAGACGUACACGACUAUCAAGUAUCGAUUGGAGCGUCUGCAGAGCUGCAAUGCUUGGUACGCACCCGCGCAAACACCUCCACUCGAUCAUGCACCCGAUGUCCUUCCCGUCCGCCUUGAGGAAGCGCAGUGUCGCAGCUGUCACAAGAAGUACCCGCAGAUCUAUCUGGAGUCAUGGCUCUGCCUCAACCCAGAUUGUGCGGAUUUCUGGAAGCUUGAGCGUGGCCGUGGCGAAGAGGCGCCCUGUGGAAAGCUCGAAUACAACCCUGCCUUCUUGCUGCACAGAACUCAAUGGCAGAACGAGUCGGAACCGUACAGCGUAAGGGUGCCGCUGCCGGAAGUUGGCAAGGCGAUCGGUGACAACCUGACUAAGAUCAACACCCGUGGAGUCUGCUGCCCUGUGUGUGGAAGGUGCAACCCUCGCUACUUGUGGGCCGGUUGGCGGUGCGAUAACGAUAACCCAAACUGUAAUUGGGAAGGGCUGUGGCCGCAGCACGCACCUGUCAUGCCUGCGGCCUUGCACGUCCCUUGGGAGGUCACAGGACGUGGCCCCUCGCUUACUCGGAACAAGCAUGAGAGCGGCGUGCAUGUGGAGGUGCGAUACACACACUCUUACAAAGUUUACAAGUAUACCUUUGACGGCAUUGUGGGCAGCUUCAUUCACGCCGUCGCGAACGAUCGCACGAACGGAGAAGCCAAUGGCCCGGACAAGAUGCUUUGGGACAUCCAAGCGUGCGAGAUGGGCCUAGAGCGGCGUCGCUUUGCGGCGGAGAAGAACUCGGGCUCAAAAGCAGAGAAGACCGUUGCCGCCGCAUCUACUCCCUUUGGUCCGCCUACUCCGUCAAGCUUGUCUGCUCCGUGCCCGCCGCCUGCGAUCGAGGGUUUGCCCGCUUCAUCAGAAAUGCUCUCCUCAUCGGAACUGCUCCCCUCAACCCAAGUGCCCUUUCCGUUGGAAUUAUGUGCUUCACCAGACGUGCCUGCUUCAUCGGAAGUGCCGAUGGCCCUAGCACCAGCUACAGAGGACCACGUUGACGUCGAUGCGCCGACGGAUGCUACUCCCGGUGCGAUGAACGACGUCAACCAGGGGAAAGACCAUGGCGACUUCAUGACAGCCUUCUCCAUGAAUUUCGGCAUGCCGUACAAGUUCGUCGCAACUGGAGCUAGCAGAUCGUUUUCGGAUGCACCCUGGCCUGUGAAAGCGGCUCGCUCCCGUCUCAAUUGGGCUGCGAGGGAGCUUCUCAGUGGAGAAGCUGACUUCAAUGAAGAGCUUAUCUUCGCGUACAUGGAAGGGCAGAAGAUCGAGUAUCAUGAUGAAGGGGAAGAAGGUCUCGGACCUCGCAUCGCCACACUCUCCCUCGGCGGCAAAGCCAAGAUGCAUAUGCGCAUGAAGGCAAAGCACUUCUACGGCGUGUCCAAGACGGGUGUAUUGACCGCUGAGAAGCCGGUACUCGGAAGUGUUCAAUACGAAGCGCGUCUCAAGCACUGGGAAGAGCUUCAGCUGCUCGAUGACAAGCAAACAUAUCAGCGUCGUCUCAAGGAGGUGCCGAAGGAACUUGGUCUGAGCCACACGCGCAACGGGCAGCACAAAGAUCUUGUGACGGUCACGCUCAGCCACGGCGACAUCAUCCUCAUGGACGGUUACGACAUUCAAAAGUAUCUCGAACACAAAGUGGUUCCCGAAGGUUACCUCCGCUUUGCACUCACCUGCCGCAACGUGCUCACGCACCAUCUCAAGGAGCAUGAGCGCCCCAGCUACGUCGUCGAGCCGGAUGAUUAUGGUUAUGAUGGCCGAAACCUGCUGUGAGGCUCCGUCAGCAGUCGGCGGGAAGGCAGAUGGUGCAUAAUAUUUAAAGUGCCAGAAUGAUAAAAAGCAUCUGUACCAAGGGCCGGGAGCAUGUGAAUGAACAUUGGAGUAUGCAGCGAGCAGAUAGGAUUCGGGCAACUUGACACCUACACAGUACUCCGGCUCCAUUCUGGAGGCGAAGGACAUAUACCAGA